AUGGCAAAUAACCUCAAGCACCCAUUGGAAGAUCCACCAUCGUCCCCAUGUUCAAGCGCCGGCGAGAAAGAAAUAGAGUCUGAAGAAGAAGACCAGAAUCUGCAUACCAUCAUUUCUUCAGAAGAAGACGAACCCGAAGAUCCUCCACCGAGAUCUGGUUCCAAGAAGGAUGUUUGUGGUUCCAGCGACCAAGAAAACUUAUACGCAAGAUGGGAACUACUAACACCAUGUUUUACGAGACUCUUUAGUGAUAAAGAUGAGAUUGUUUUGCUACAAGGUAUAAUAAUUGAUUCCGAAGUGAAGAAUCCAUUAGACUAUAAGCGCAGUUUCUACCAAUCCAUGAAGGGUUCUUUUAGCUUUGAUGUUACCUUGGAUCAGUUCAAGGAAAAGAUUAGGAGUCUAAAGAAGAAAUAUACAAGAAAUGAGAUGAGGGGUGGAGAAGCUUCUCUUUUGAAUUCUCAUGAACAAAAGUGUUUUCAGUUGUCAAAGGCUAUUUGGGGAGCUGAUGGGGUAGCUUUUGAAUCUGCCAUCAGUUAUAACAACAGCCAAUCAAAGGAGAGUGAGAGGGGAUUGACAAAGAAGCGUGACUUGGUCACUCCACGUAAGGGUAAGAAUGCUCAAGAAGCUAGUAAAAGAGGAGAUACGAAGAAGGCACCACUUGUUGAGAAAGAAUCUGAUUGGGGUGAAAGUUCUUUCUUUCUUGGUAUGGAUUUUCUGAAAGAGAAAUGGACCAAGGUGCCGCCAUCUGGGACUAAGAAGGAAACACAAGAGUAGAUGAGGAAGUUGCAUGCCAAUGAACUUGAAUGUCAAAAGUUUGAAGAGAUGUUGAAGGCUAUGAAAGAUAAAUGUGCACAUGACAAGGUGGAGCUGUUGAAUGAGGUUUACCUCUUUGAUAAUGGCAGCUGAUUAGAUACAUGUAUAGUUUAGUUAGUUAUUGGGUUCUCUUUUUUAGUUGCAAUGGCUCAA